GAUCAAGUAAACGAGAGAACAUUUAUUAUUAUCAGCUCUGACACUAGCAAACCGCUGCGGUUUCUUGUGUUUAUUUUACUUUGUGAUGAUAACAUUGCCUUGAUAAGAAUAUUCACCGCAUCCAAUCAUAACUGGCACUAUAAAUAAUAGUUAACCUCUAACGUUGGUCAUUGUCGGGAAAACUCUUAGUUAGAAAACUUGUGUUAUUUUAUCUCAGUGAAAAUGAAGUUUUGUGCGAAUUUGGCCUUUAUGUUCACGGAGGCAACGUCGAUGAUUGAAAGAUACGCGCUGGCGAAAGAUGCCGGGUUCAAAGCUGUGGAAAGCGGGUUUCCAUUUGGGUUCACUCUGGAGCAGGUGAAGCAAGCCAAGGAGGCGGCCGGCAUUGAACAGGUCCUGAUCAAUCUGAACACAGGAGAUGUAAGUAAAGGGGAACUAGGAGUAACAGCAGUACCAGGAAAAGAAAAUGAAUUCCAGGAAAAGCUGAAAAUCACCAUUGACUAUGCCAAGGCCGUAAAUGCCAGAAAAAUCCAUAUCAUGGCUGGAAAACUAGACAAUGUGACACCACAGAACUGGGAGACAUAUGAGAACAACUUGAAGUAUGCCGCUGGUUUGCUGAAAGAUGCCAAUAUUUUAGGAGUCAUCGAACCGAUCAACCAACAUUCUGUGCCUAAAUAUUUCUUGAGUGAUUAUGGAAAAGCUAUUGAAAUCAUAAAACGCAUAGGCAGCCCCAACUUGAAACUGAUGAUGGACAUAUUCCACUUGCAACACAUUUGUGGAGAUUUAUCUCAUAACAUCAAGAAUUUUAUGCCCUAUGUGGGUCAUGUUCAAAUAGCUCAAGUGCCUAAUCGCAACGAGCCGGACACUCCAGGAGAGAUAAACUAUGAAUAUGUUUUGGAACACUUGAAAAGCAACGGCUACAAUGACUGGAUCGGUCUAGAGUACAAGCCGGCAAAUGGCAGCAAAGCUGGACUGAAGUGGAUCCAUAACUACGGCUACAGCCUGUGAUAAUUAUUAGCAUUUAUAUUGUUGUUAUACUGUUAUGUAUUUAGUCAGAUUGCACUGAAAGCUCAAAUAUCUAUUUUUUAAUAUUGUUGUAACAAAAUGUGCGUAAAACAUUAUGCUCAAAAUAUGUGAAUGUUAAAAAGUCUCUCUUUUGUUUAUAGGGAAACCAGCUAGUAAUUGCGGUUUACCAACAUGAGGUAUUUGAACAUCCCUUUUCUUUUAAUUAUUAAUAUUUGAGCGUCAUGUAUUGCGCAUCAAUUGGCUUGUAAGAACUGUUAUUGUUAUAAAGUAACAAAAGAUUUUAAACAGUCAAAUACAUUUAUUAC